CAGUGAUUAAUAUACCAAUAUUUGAUAUCAGAACAACUAAAUUCUCAAACGGACGGUUUCAACACGAUUUCGAUUUUGUUACACUCUGUAAAUUCUUUGAAAAAUUUGACAAUGGUCCAGAAAGUGUUCUUGUAACGAAUUAAUUGUUCAUUAUUUCUGACGCAUGUAAUUGUGCAUGUUAAUCGCAAAUUAGGUUUGUUCUUGUAGAAAUGUCCUGACUAAAAUGGAGUUAGAAAAACAUUUUAGUUUAUUUUAUUUUUAGACUCUAAAAAUUUGUGUAUUUGGAAAAAUUCUGUGAAGAUGUCAAGUUUGGAAAAAAUCCCGGAAAUUGAUCAACUUGAAGAUCUUGAGGAUGAGGAACCAGAGACGGAAAAAGAAAAAGCUCCGAAUCCUCCAACAGGAAGAGAUACGGGACGGGUGACAGAUCGCGACAAGGGGGCGGUGUCUAAAAAACCGGGGACGAAAUUCGACCCCAGCUUGAUGAUCAUUAAUGAACACAAGAGAAACAAGAUGGUGGUGGCGGCCAUUGAUUUUGGAACUGCCUACUCUGGAUAUGCAUACUCGUUGAAGCAUGACUUUGAGAUAAAACCCCUGCGUAUCAUGACAAACCACUGGACCGUGAAGGGAUCUGGAAGCAUGUCCCUGAAAGCACCGACCUCUAUUCUUCUGAACCCCGACCAGAAGUUUCACGCCUUCGGCUAUGAAGCUGACCAGCGUUACACGGAGCUGGCCCAGAAAGGACUCGGCUCUGAGUGGUACUACUUCCAGAAGUUUAAAAUGAAGCUACAGGGUAACAUGGAUGUCACCCGAAAGAGAAUGCUGGAGGACAUUGAAGGGAAACAAGUUCCAGCACACACAAUUUUUGCCAUGUCGAUAAAUUUUCUUAAGAUGGAAAUUCUCAAGUCAUUGACGAAACAUUCUGGCUAUACCAUCGAGGAUGUCCAUUUCAUCAUCACAAUUCCGGCAGUAUGGACGGACGCCGCCAAACAAUUCAUGAGGGAAGCGGCCUUAGAGGCUGGUAUUCCUGGCGAUAAUCUUUCCCUGGCGUAUGAAUCUGAAGUGGCUGCGGUCUAUUGUCGGCAUCUGCCGAAAAAAAUGUUAGUGGGACUAAGGGGGCGAGAUCUCCUUCAGUCCUUUAACAAAGGAAGGAAAUUCAUGGUUCUGGAUCUUGGAGGAGGAACAUGUGACAUUUCUGUAAUGGAAGUAGUGAACGACGGAAAUAUAGAGCACAUUCGGAAAGCAACGGGCGGGGCGUGGGGUGGCGGCAAAGUGAAUGAGGAGUUCAGCGUGUUCCUCAACAAGAUCUUUGGUGAAGACGUUGUCACUCAGUGCUGGGCCGAGAAUCCCUCGGAAUACCUCGAGAUGGUUCGUGCUUUCGAGAUCAAAAAGCGGAAAAUUUGUAAGGAGACGACUGACGAAGUCCCGUUCAAGAUUCCUGCGGAACUAAGGAUGUUGUUGAAACUAAAGACAGGGUUUGAGCUUGAGGAAGUUAUUCGUGAAACUAAGUACAAUGGUAAAGUAAUAGUUAAGGGAGACAAAAUCUUGAUUGAUCCAAACGUAUUCAGAGAAUUCUUCAAGAAAACCAUUGACAGUAUCAUCAAACACAUGAAGGAAAUUUUCGAGGAGAAUUCUGGCCGACACAUAGCUACGAUAUUAUUGGUUGGGGGAUUUACAGAGUCUCCCUUAGUCCGUGAAGCCGUAAGAGAAGCCUUUCCGAACAUGAUGAUAAUAACUCCAAAAGAACCGAGUAUGGCGGUGUUGAAGGGUGCUGUUUUGUUUGGACAAAACCCUGAGUGCAUCUGCUCAAGAAUUUGCAAGAGUACGUAUGGGAUUCGAAUCGCUCGACCCUUCAUAGACGGGAUUCAUAGAGAUGAGUACAAAGUAUUGGUAGAUGGAAAAUACUAUUGCAAAAACCUGUUCCAAGUUUUUUUCGCUGUUGACCAGAAAACUAAAAUAGGUGAGACAUUCAGAUACCCAAUUCAUAAUUCAUACGAAAGUGAAAUACGGCAAGAUUUACGAAAGGAACCGAAAAUUACCGAAAUCUACAUAAGUGACGACCCACAUCCCCUGUACAUAACGGAUUCGAACUGCAAAAAACACGGCGAAAUAAUAAUGGAGCCCCCCGGGGGUCUGUGGCCGGAAAAGUUCUCUGGGUUCGUGGAGAUGGAGAUAGCGGGUACAGAGAUCGUGGGCCGCUUUGUAAACAAACAGAACGGAGAAACCAACAUGAUCUAUUUGGAUUUCUUGUCUUGAUCGCUCACGACUUCUGAUAGCUUUGGGUUAAUCUGUCAAAUGUUAACAAUCGCUCUCUUUUAAACAUUAUUGCACAAGCUUGCACAUUGCCGCUAAAGCAGAUCGUUUUUGGGUUUUUUUUUCAAUAUUCAGUAUCGAUAGAUAUUUUGAUAAUGUCUAUACAUGUAUUUUUAAUUCACAAAACAAAGUUAGUAUCGAUGAGCAUUUUUGUACGUGCUUUUUACAUUGUAGUGCUAUAUACAUUGAUCAUUUUUUUCUACAAUCUUUUUUUUUUGUUUCUUGGUUGCAUUUUUGAUUAAAGUGCUAUCUUUAUCGUU